CGUAUCGACCGCCGUGCGCCUGCACUUCCUCGCGGAUAGCAACGACCGAUUCAUUGCCAUGGGCAACGUGAGCCACCACGUGGACUACGUGUCCAGUGUACCGGCGGUGCGGGCCUUCUUCUACUGCGUGUACGGGCUCGUGUUUGCCGUGGGUGUUUCGGGGAACGCACUCGUGUGCUUUGUGGUGGCCAGGCAGCGAGCCAUGCACACUGUGACAAACUUAUUCAUCGCCAACCUCGCACUCUCCGACAUUCUGCUCUGCACUCUCGCCGUACCGUUCACGCCACUGCACCAGUUCGUCGGUGCGUGGCCGCUGGGCUCGGCGCUGUGUCGUAUGGUACCAUACGCACAGGGCGUCAGCGUGUAUGUCUCCUCGUUCACACUAACGGCCAUUGCAGUGGACAGAUUCUUCGUCAUCAUGCACCCAUUUAGAGGCCGGCUUCGAUUGCCCGUGUGCGGCGCACUAAUUGUCCUCAUAUGGGUAGCUGGGGCGCUUUUGACGCUACCAUACGGCCUCUUCAUUGGCCUGACAGCCGAUGGUGGUUCCUUCUGCGAGGAGCGUUGGCCGUCGGAAGAGAGCCGCCGCGCUUUCAGCCUGUGCACCAGCGCACUCCAGUUCGGCGUGCCAUUUACCGUCAUCAGCUUCUGUUACAUGCGCGUCUGUUGCAAGCUUCGAGAGCGGGCGCGUGCCAAGCCUGGCGCCAAGUCGAUGCAGAAGGAGCAGCUUGAGCGACGGCGCACGCGCCGCACUAACCGGAUGCUCGUCUCCAUGGUCGUCAUAUUCGGCGCCUGCUGGCUUCCCCUCAACCUGUAUAACUUGGCCAUCGAUUUUUCGCUGCGCGCUGCGAGCUGGCAGUUUGCGAACGCUUUCUUCUUCCUGGCGCACGCGAUUGCCGUGAGCUCCACCUGCUACAACCCCUUCCUCUACACCUGGCUCAAUGACAGCUUUCGCAAAGAAUUCAAAGCCGUGCUACCAUGCUUUUCGAGCCGCCGAGCAGAACUGCCACCCGUGCGCUAUGUAUGCAGCGGCGACGCCGUCAAGCUCUGAAGGACUACGAAUAACUGUGCUUUUUGGGGUCCCAAAGCUACGAUAUGGUUGUCGGAGACACUUGUAGACGGCUUCAGAAUUUUCAACCAACGCCUGUCGGUCACUGAAGGAACACUGAAGCACUUAAAAAAACAAGCUUUUGAUGUCUUGAUAAGUAAUUUUGAGCGGCGAAUUCAAAAAUGAAGCCGAAAAUUUGCAUAAACCAACGCAAAUAACUUUUUUUUUUGCCCAGAACUAGUAACAGGUACCUCGGCGGGCAUCGCGAGUCUCGCCGCCGCCUGUGAUUGGUCGAAGCUUUGUGGCAUCACGUUAGGGACAGUGAGGACAGUGGAUUGCGCUCACCAGUAGGCGAUGCGCCGUUUUAUUCUGUUGGAAUCGGGUAGUUGCUGUUAGUAUGGCGAACUAUAGAAGUCGCAACGAGUUAACUGUACAUUCGUGCUGUACAUGUUCGAGCCGUUCAUCACUGUAAGAGCGACGACGGAAAACGAUGUCAGCGCCACUGAUGCGGCACAGGAAAGCGAAUCCCAACCAGCCACCUUUACCCGCGUCGGAAACAGACUGGUGCGUAUAAGAAGCACGUAAGUGCUUAAUUUUACUGUAGUAAACUGAUACAGAUCAUACAAUCAUUCGUGCGUAAUAAAUUCAAUAAGAAACAGCAACAUCGGCACUCGCUUUUAGCCACAAGUUGACACGGUACGCGUUACACGCUCCGCGCACGCAUCUUGCGGAAACAUCAGCUGUUCGUGGAUAUCACGGCUCAGCGUUGUUGAUUCAGUCAAUAUCGCACGUCGCAGCGGGUAAGAAGCAUGCCGUGAGUGUGUGUGCCACGAGGGAACAAAAUCCACAUGAGUGCCAUCGUGACACGUGCUUGGAACUGCGCUGCAAGCUUGCAAAUGGAUUGUUUGGCUCAUAUAUUGCAGUUGUGUUUGUAAUACCGUCGAUUUUUUCUAAAUUCUGGCCCGUACUACAGGGAUGGUGUGUUAAGAUGCAAGCGGUAUAUUAACUACGUUAGAGGCAUGAGACUGCCGUGUAGAGUUACCAACGCUGCUUACCAAUACCAAUAUCCGUGUACAGACAGGUGCUCAACGCAAGGCACUCGCCCCACCACGGUUGUCUAUAGUGGUUAAGGUUCUCGGCUGCCAACCCGCAGGUCACGGGUUCGAAUCCCGGCUGCGGCGGCUGCAUUUUCGAUAGAGGCGGAAAUGUUGUAGGCCGGUGUGCUCAGAUUUGGGUGCACGUUAAAGAACCCCAGGUGGUGGAAAUUUCCGGAGCCCCUCACUACGGUGUCUCUCAUAACCAUAUCGUGGUUUUGGGACGUUAAACCCCACAAGCCAAAUCAACGCAAGGCACUCAAAUGGGGAAAGAGGAGGAUACACACAAAACAAGACAUGCCCAAUCAUUCAUGAUGGGAUAUUAUUUUGCAGUGCUACAUUGAUGUUUUUUACUGUGCAGCGUGAUAAAAAUAUCGCUACCUUCAUUUAAAUGUGCUGUAACCCGUCGGCAUAUAUCAAUCUAAGCACUACUGCAUGAGGAGCCCCAUUCAGCAGUGUAGGUUUUAAGCAGCUGGUUGUAAAGGCAGAGCUUCUGAACAAGAAAGCUAUGAGCAUGAACACUUAAGGUACGAGCGGUACGCUUACAAUAUGCGCAUCCGGAAGUGUAAUCGACCUGACUCGGAGGCAGACGCUCAGCAACAGAACACAGGAUAUACUGCGCGUUCCAAUAAAUUGAGGCAUACAAGCGACGUCAUUCGCAUGUGGCUUGCGGGCGUCAUAACACAAAAGAGCAGUGUCUAGUGCCACGUCAUAACAUUUCUCCAUUUUAAGUUUAAACGAAGAACUUUGUCUCCAAACAUUAUAGCCAAAGCGAACAACUGGUCUACGAGUUCGUGUAAAUAUUCUCAGGUUAAUUCGGUCUCUCAGGUGUAGGAAUUCCGCUGACGGCACCGGGCUUCACGUUGACAGGUGCUUGUACCGGAGGAGUCGGAAGUGGUAGUCAGAAAGGCUUCUCUGCCGGCCAUGCGCGCCUCAGUUGGUUGCGAUGCCUGUGGUGUACUUCACCAUUUGAGACAGAUAGGACACUGGACCCUUUACUUUGACUUUACUUAACGUUCAACACACAUUCAUUUCUCCACACAACGAACAAUCUGCCUGCAUCACUCAUGAGCAUAACUAACACCAAUAAUUUCAAUGUCGCAUUUCAAGUUUCAUUUCAAGUUAACAUCGCUCAGUGUUUGUUCUCACGCCUUUGAUUGUUCUGUAUGCUUUUUUUUUGCUUUGCUUCUCGCAAUUUUUUUUUUUACGAAUGGUUAUUUUUUUAUAAAUGUUUUUUGAUUAUAUAUCUCUUGGCAGUGUAUCCAAUGAUCAAAUUUUCUGAUUUUUCCGGGACAAUAAGGUGUUUUUAUUCUUGCAUUAUUCACUCCAUGUACAAUUGCAUUUGUUCUUGUAAGUCAUGUCUGUUUAAAGUAUCAUCAUGAUAUUUUAUUUCUGUAUUCUAUACUUAUAACUAUGUAGUUAUUAUUACGUGUUAAUUUUUUGCCGCUCCCCUCUACAAUGUACGUUUGUACCCUGAGGGUAUUUAAUAAAUAAAUUUUCGCCAACUUCUA